AUGAAUAACCAACCCUCUGCUUCGAAUCCAGGAUCAAACACUAGUGACACAAGUCCUGCGGCUAAUAACGGCAACAACACUCCGAUCGCCAACAUGUCGACCAACUCUAAUAACAGCAGCGGGACGUCCAAUAGCCCGACGCCCAACGGAAACGGCACAUCCAAUUCCAGUGAGAAGAGGAGUUCACCCAUAGAUCAGUCCUUGUCUUCAAAAUAUAAUCCCAAACAUGUGUGUCGAGUGUGCAAUAAACCAUUCUCUAGUGGUUCCGCACUUCAGAUACAUAUGCGGACGCAUACGGGCGACAAACCCUUCAAAUGUCAAAUUUGUGGCCGAGCUUUCACCACCAAGGGCAAUUUGAAGGUUCAUAUGGGAACUCAUAUGUGGAGUAAUGGUUCCUCGCGAAGAGGUCGGCGA